AGGUGUCAUCAUAAGUUUUCCUUCCUUUCCUCAUAAUUUUCAUCCAGCAACAAAUUCAUGGGCAACUAAGAAAAUAUAUCACCGAAUCUAGGACUGAAAAGUCCAUUCAAAUGUACAAGAUUCCAAUAUGGCGUCCAUAUGAAAAAACAAAGUUGGUGAUGCAAGACGAAAGAAGAAAUGUCGAAUUGAAAACUCGACUACGCCAUCUUGUAGAGGGAAUACGUUACAAUGACAAGCUUCCGCAAAUUCCAUUCUUUUGAAAAUGAGACCAAAGGAGUUAAAAGCAAAGUAAGUAAAAUAAAAUAUGAACUAUACGCUGUGUAAAUGAAAGUCUCGUCUAAUUAGCAUACCAUCCGAGGACCGAUUCAACA